CAGUCGGGCACCGGGGAUGCAGGCGGCGGCGACGUGGACGCCGACCACCUCGCCGUCCACCUCCACCUCCUGCUCCUCCUCCUCGCAAUUCAAGGUCGGGGUUGUGUCGUUGUCGCGUGGGACGAGAACCCCCUCUGCCACGGCAACAUCGUGCGCCGUGACCACUCGCCGGCCGCCGCAAGUUGUCCGACCCAUUGCCGACCCGAUUCCGGUGAUCGGUUCGCCAUUAACCGCUGAAAGCAUCGAGCUUGUUCUGGACGAAGUGCGCCCGUACCUUAAGGCGGACGGAGGAAACGUUGCCUUGCAUGAGAUCGACGGGAAUGUGGUGAGGCUGAAGCUCCAAGGAAACUGCGGGUCAUGCCCGAGCUCGGUGAUGACGAUGAAGAUGACAAUUCAACGACGCCUGAUGGCUAAACUACCAGAGAUUGUUGCGGUUGAAGCUAUCACGGACAAGGAGGCUGGACUUAAGCUCAACGAGGAGAAUGUUGAAAAGGUACUCGAUGAGAUCAGGCCAUACCUUGCUGGUGCUGGAGGGGGCAAUCUCAAGUUUGUCACCAUCAACAGAUUCACCGUGAAAGUCCGACUCACAGGCCCUGCAGCAGGUGUGGCGGCCGUCCGAGGAGCAGUAGCCAAGAAGCUCAGAGAGCAGAUCCCACCCAUUGCAGCUGUCCAGCUAUUAUCGUAAAACUUGAACUGCAAAACAAUUAUGUUAGCAGGGAAAGGCUGUAACUGAUCAGAUCACCUCUGUAGCUGGUAGCCUCAUGGAAAGUUUCUCGUGUCUAGUCAGUAACAAGGUUCUUUUGAUCUCUUCCUCUUGGAAAGGAAAUGGAAAAGAUGGAUGUUGGUCGAAAUUAA